CGACUAAUCGCAUUAGUCAAAACUGUUUCCACGGUAAACUUUGUGCAGAUAAUGAAUUUUUAUUUAUCUUAUGUGAGAUAUUUCCAUAUUCAGAUACGCGAAAGAACACAGUUGUAAAAUAUAUUUGAAAAUUAUCAUUCGUCAUUCACUGAUAAAAAUGAACGUCAAGGGAAUUUUUCUGUUGUUCUUAACUUUGCAAUUGGUUGUACUGCUGACAAUCGUUCUCAUUUUCAAUGAUGUUGGAGACAAAACCUGGAUUGAUAAAUAUAAGUGGAUUUUUGUGAGUGCAGGUGCUUUCUCAGCCUGUGUAUAUAUUAUUUGGACUGCCAUUUCAAGCUUUCGAAUUCCCCUAGCAGUUCAUAUCAUAUUUGCAGUUAUUAUGAAUAUUGUGAUGUCGAUAUUUUGUGGCGUGGUAGCAACGUUUUAUAUCACGAAAUGGUGUCUAGCAUCAUAUGCGUUGGCUAUAUUGCUCAUCAUCUUACUAUUUCCUGCAGCUGUACUUUCGAAUAAUUCAGUCUCAUUCGAUGAUAACCACUCAAGUGUUGCUUGGUUGCGUAGUCCCUGGACUGGCGAUAUUCAUCUAUACAAUCGUGAAAGUGGUAUGGGACAAAAAGUCGAAAACAACGGAAGGCGGAAGCAUUUUCUUUUCAAGUUUGGUAUUCAUGAUGACAGCAGCAUCGUUUAUUGCUUUCUUGAUAAUGUUCCCAAAUCGAACAAAAUAAGAAAUGUCUAAAUUAGCUUGAAGCCAAUGGAUGAAUCGCAGAAUUCAAGGUUUUCACUCUUUAACGAAUAUGCCAGUGUAUCAGUGUUACAAGCCAUCAACAAAGUACUGGUCACUGAGUGGAA